AUGGCCUCCAAAGCCAACUCAGCCAUGGCUCUAUUCCUCGUGUUCAACCUUCUCUUCUUCACCAUGGCCACCGCCACCAAAAAGGCCUGCCCACCUCCGCCACCACCACCAACCAAGUGCCCUCCGCCGCCGCCGCCACCAACCAAGGCAUGCCCGCCACCGCCUCAUCCCAAGCCGACUCCCACUCCCAGCCCUUCUCCCAAGAAAUGCCCGAUUGACGCACUCAAAUUGGGCGUUUGUGCUGAUGUCCUCGGCUCGUUGCUCAACGUCACCCUUGGGAACCCGCCGGUGAAGCCGUGCUGCAGUUUGAUUGGCGGGCUUGUUGAUCUUGAAGCGGCUCUCUGCCUUUGCACAGCCAUUAAGGCCAACAUUCUUGGGAUCAACCUCAACGUUCCGGUCUCUUUGAGCUUGCUUCUCAAUGUUUGUAACAAGAAGGUCCCAUCUGGCUUCCAGUGCCCUUGA